GCGAAAAAAGAGCCAAUCCCGUUCGACCAAAUCAGUGUUGAGUAGGACAGAAUCGCGACUAGCUACAAGCUGACGAAGAGCAGCAGCACAGAAAACAUUCAAUUUUUCCCUGUCCAACAGAAGUAAACCAACCGUCGUUAGCGGAUAUCCGCCUGGAAGAAAGAUAACCGGCUGAACCGGUGCAGGAGGAAAAAGGAACACAUACACACGAACAGCACUUCUUCCAUUGCAAGCCAUUACGAACAGCACAAGAAGCGAAAAGACUGAUUAGACUUUUUAGGGGACAGAAGAAAAAGGAAAAAAUGGGCACGUCAUCGGUUUGGAGUUCCGUUGUUCUGUUAGUGACCGUUCUGAUCGGUUCCGGUCAGGCAUUGUACUCCUCAGGGGACGAUGUUAUUGCCCUUACGGAGGGUAACUUCGACCGGCUGGUGGUGAAGAGUGAUGAAGUUUGGGUUGUCGAAUUUUACGCUCCAUUCUGUGGCCACUGUCGAAACCUGGUUCCGGAGUAUAAAAAAGCGGCAACAGCGCUGAAGGGAGUGAUUAAGGUGGGUGGCGUCAACUGCGAAGAAGAGCAAGGUCUAUGCGGCCAGCACGGCGUUCGAGGUUAUCCUACCAUAAAAAUCUUUGGUGCUAACAAGCGAUCGCCGGUGGAUUACACCGGACAACGAACGGCUAAAGAUAUUGCCGAAGGAGCACUGGCAGAAGCGAAAAAGAAGAUUAAAAACGUCCUUGGUGGUGGAUCCAGUGGCGGCGGAUCUUCGGAUAGUGGAAGCGGCUCUGAUGAUGUGGUUGAGCUAACAGAUGCUAACUUCGAUAAGCUGGUACUGAACAGUGAUGACGUGUGGCUGGUCGAGUUUUUUGCGCCUUGGUGUGGACAUUGCAAAAACCUUGCCCCACAGUGGGCUAAGGCGGCCACCGAGCUGAAAGGCAAGGUGAAGCUUGGAGCUUUGGAUGCCACCGUGCACACGAUAAAGGCCCAACAGUACGGCGUUCAAGGUUAUCCAACAAUCAAAUACUUCCCAGGUGGAUCGAAGGACAAAGACUCGGUACGGGAAUACGACGGCGGCCGGACGGCAUCAGACAUCGUUACCUGGGCGCUGGAGAAGUACAGCGAAAACAUUCCAGCACCGGAGAUUGUGCAGUUAACUUCGGAGAAAGUUUCCAAGGAAACUUGUCAGGAAAAGCCGCUCUGUGUGGUCUCUGUUUUACCCCACAUUCUGGACUGUGAUGCAGCCUGUCGUAACAAUUAUCUCGCUAUAUUAGCGAAAAUGGGAGACAAAUACAAGAACAAGCACUGGGGAUGGCUGUGGAGUGAAGGCGGUGCCCAACCAGAGGUCGAAGCUACACUAGACAUCGGUGGAUUCGGUUAUCCGGCAAUGGCCGUUGUUAACUUAAAAAAGAUGAAGUACUCGCUACUGCGAGGUUCGUUCUCCGAGAGCGGUAUUAACGAGUUCUUGCGGGAUUUGUCGUACGGUCGGGGUCACACUGCUCCGGUAAAGGGAGCCGAGCUACCGAAAAUUCACACUGUCGAACCGUGGGACGGUAAGGAUGGCCAAUUGCCUGAGGAGGAGGAGAUAGAUUUGUCCGAUGUGGAUCUCGAUGAGAAAGAUGAACUGUAAUCCAGUCCCAGGAUGCAGCAAGUAAAGUUAAGUUUAGCAUACAUUUCACACUUAGAGUAAAAUUAAUGUGCCGCUGAUGGAAAAAAAUAAAGCUAAAUUACUUACAUUCUC